GAUGGCCUUGUUGAAAUUUUCAACUCGCAGGGUCGCCAAGGACACUAAAGAAGGAUAUUUCUAUAGAUCUGCGUUUUUUGAACAGGCUUGUUUUGGGCAGGCUUGCGGACGCAAACAUGGCGGCCUCCUUACGGCUAGGACAUCGAGCUGUUUUAACUGGUUUGAGGUUUAUUCCGUUUCAAAAAUGUUCUCACAUAAAUCAGAGUUCGUCCAGGCAACUGUUUCAGUCUGCGUAUUUAUUAGGGGUCGCCCCUCUCAAAGUGCAGAUGCCAGCCCUCUCACCCACCAUGGAACAGGGCAACAUUGUGAAAUGGCUGAAGAAGGAAGGUGAGGCGGUGGCAGCUGGUGAUGCUCUCUGCGAAAUUGAGACAGACAAGGCUGUGGUUACCAUGGAAUCCAAUGAUGACGGAGUACUAGCUAAAAUCCUGAUGGAGGAAGGUAGUAAGGAUGUGCGUUUAGGGACACUCAUUGCUUUGAUGGUUGAAGAAGGGCAAGACUGGAAAGAUGUGGAUAUCCCACCGCUUGUCUCCUCCCAGCCUGCUGCAGCUCCUCCCCCUCCUGCAGCUGCACCUUCCCCAGCACCUGUAGCCCCACCCUCCAGAGCUGCACCUGCUGUUGGACCGUUGCGGUUGAGUCCUGCUGCCAGACACAUUUUAGACACACAUGGUUUGGAUCCUCACUUGGCUACAGCCACAGGACCAAGAGGGCUCAUCACUAAAGAAGAUGUUUUAAACCUACUGAAGAAAGGUGAUGCAGGCCGCCAAGCAGCUCCAGUGACCGUGUCUCCUCCUGCUCCUCCACCUCCUCCUUCCUCCUCGCACGCUCCUCCACCCGCUCCAGGCUUAGGACGGCCUCUUCACCCAGCUAUCUCAGUCCCUGGAAAACCUGGAGCUCCAGGCACUUUCACAGAGAUCCCAGCCUCUAAUGUGAGGAGAGUGAUCGCACAGAGACUAACACAGUCCAAAACCACCAUACCUCAUGCGUAUGCCUCAGUGGACUGUGACAUGGGUGCCGUGAUGCAGCUUCGCAAAGAGCUAGCCCAAGAGGAGAUCAAGGUGUCUGUCAAUGAUUUCAUUAUCAAAGCCGCUGCUGUUACACUCAAAGAAAUGCCCGAAGUCAAUGUGACCUGGUCAGGUGAGGGACCACAAGCACUGGACUCCAUCCAUAUUUCCAUCGCCGUGGCGACCGAGCGUGGCCUCAUCACCCCCAUCAUCAAAGAUGCAGCAGACAAAGGCGUGCAGGAGAUCGCCGCCAACGCCAAGACACUGGCUCAGAAAGCAAGAGCAGGGAAACUGUUACCAGAAGAAUACCAAGGAGGAUCCUUCAGUAUCUCUAACUUGGGGAUGUUUGGCAUCAGCGGCUUCAGCGCAGUGAUUAAUCCUCCUCAGGCGUGUAUCCUGGCAGUGGGGAGCUCCAGGGCUGAGCUGACACCGACAGCAGAGGGCCUCUGCACACAACACCUGAUGACCGUCACCCUGUCCAGCGAUGGACGUCUAGUAGACGAUGAGCUUGCCUCACGCUUCCUUGAAAAAUUUCGCAGCAAUUUAGAGACGACCCAGCGUAUGGCCCUCGCUUAGAGAAGAGGACAGAUGAAGAGAAGGAGAGCGAGGUGUUAUAGCACACUGAAUGUUACUAAUAGUAUAGCUGGGUAACUAAAGAAAGUUAUUUAAAAAGAAAUACACACAGUUAAAAUGAAUCAUGUUACCCAAGACCCUUCUUUAAGUUGAUGUAAAUGUAAAGGCAAGAUUUUGUUAUGGUACAUUUGGACUUAGUAUUUAAAUAUUUCACUAAUAUUAUAUUUUGCAGAUGGGUCAGUGUAAAAAAUAUGGCACUUUAAUUUAUUAGGUCUUCGGUUCUGGCCACCAUUUUUCGAACAUGCAUUCUUUUUACAUUUCUUCUGAAGAAAUAUGGUGAAAUCUCAAAUUCCUUCCCUCCUAAGUGGCUGCCAGCUCACUUUCACAGAAGCGAGCAGUCACUCAGCCCUCUCCAUAUUUCCUCAGCUGCCCUGUGACAUUAGAUGAGCAGAAGUGAAAAACACAGUUGCUGCCUUCACAUAUCUUGUUGGAAGAACAUCCUUACCCCAUAUUGCAUGGUGCUAUAUGACGGAGAGGCAAGAGGUUAAUUAGCAUCUACCAACACUUCAAAUAAAAAAAAAAGGGAGAUAACUCUGUGGUGUCAUACACUAAACAGUAACACAAAAUAAACUUGUUGUCUGAACCAA